AUGUCUAUUGCUGGAGGGGUUUUCACUAAUGGUGUAACUGAAAUAUUAAAGAAAUUGGUUCCUGUUAUUGGUCGAGAGAUCGGUCUGGCUUGGGGUGUAAAAGAUGAGCUCAAAAAACUCCGAGACACCUUACAGAUGAUUCUUUCGGUCAUAGCUGAUGCUGAGAGAAGGCAACAGAAUGAUGCAGCUGUAGGCCUUUGGUUGAGAAGGCUUAAAGAUGUUGCUUACGAUGCAGAUGAUGUGAUGGACGACUUUCCUAUGAAGCCAGAAAUAAAACAUAUCAACCAGAGGUUAGAUGGCAUUACCAAAGAUAUAAAUAGGUUCCAGUUGCAAAGUACACCCGCUAACAAUACUUCUAAUUCUCAUGGGGAAAGUAGUGAGCAACGGAGCCGACAAACCGAGUCGUCUAUAAAUGAAUCAAGCAUUAGUGGACGGGAGGAUGAUAAGAAAAAAAUAAUAAGUACGUUAACAAAGGUCAUCCCAUCAUCUGACAGCAAUCAAGAAAAGGUCUCCGUCGUUUCCAUAGUGGGGAUGGGUGGGCUAGGGAAAACAACCCUCGCUCAACUCGUCUACAAUGAUGAAUUUGUAAAGGAACAGUUCAAUCUAAGAAUGUGGGUUCAUGUAUCUCAACAUUUUGAUGUGGAAAAGCUCUUUAUAAAAAUUAUGGAGUCCAUUACUCGAGAUAAGUUUGAUAUUUUAUCAAAUUUCGACGUAUUAACAAAUAAAGUUCGAGAACAAUUAAACGAGAAGAAAUAUUUGCUAGUGCUUGAGGAUUUAUGGAAUGAGAGUGAUGAAGAAUGGGAGCAACUCCGUAAUCCGUUGCUUGUUGGUGCUCAAGGGAGUAAAAUUUUGAUCACUACUCGUACAACCAAGGUUGCGAAUGUUGUUAAGGGGAACAUUGCUCCUUAA